AUGCCACACUAUCAUGGUGAUCCAGAGGCCAGCGUUCCCUUCGUAGGUGAAUUGCCUCUCUGGCCAUCGGCUGCUGAUGUGAAUCGAUCUGAGUGGAAAGCCACUGGCUGGAUUUUUAUGUAUUUGGUACUUGUAAUUUAUUCACAUGAUAAGUUUAUCGUAACGAGGGACAAAGACUAUCAGUCCAAGUUAAAGAUUGUUAAUAUGGCCAUAGAAACUAGUGCUGAUGAUUCAGAGCCGUCGAAAGAGAGACUCAAGGGCAAAAGUGCACAUGUUUACAUAACCUUCAAGGGCUUAGAUGAGCCUCAAGCUCCGCGACAGAGUUCUGAAUUUGGUGAACAUGUUGAGCGGAGAGAUAUAGUUAGAAGAGUCAUCUUUGAGAGUACAUGA